AUGCACUCAUUUGCCUCCACUCUUGAGCCAAAAGAUUAUAUAAAGAAACUAUUUUUACCGCCUAGAUCUACAAAGUCUAAUCUUGUUAACCCUAAAACCCUCCAACCCUCUUUUCCUCUCUCACCAACCCUCGCAUAUUCCAUGGGCUAUUAUCAACAACAACCGGCUCCGGCAUACUAUCAACAACCUCAAGCUAUAUAUGUUCAACAACCACAACCUGUAUAUGUCCAGCAAGCACCUCCAAAACAAAACAAUGGUUGCAUGUCAGGCUUCUGUGCAGGUUUAUGCUGUUGUUGCUUGUUAGAAACAUGCUGUUUACUAUAA